UGGUUUUGAGGUUCAUCCACAUUGUAACAUGCAUCUUCUCCAUGGACAUUUUGGGCCUUUGUUGAUGCUUCAACGUGUUCUGGGGCAUGGACAGGGCACUUGGGGCCUCACUGGCAGCUCAGAAGUUCGUCUGGGGCCACGGCCUCUGCGUGGACCCAAUGGGGCAGCCGGUGGCCAGGCUGGUCCCUCUCCUCCUCCUCCUGCUCCCUGAGCAGGGCGCCGAGGCCUGUGGUACCAGUAGAUGCUGCUUUCAGGACCCACCGUAUCUGGAUGCAGAUUCAGGAUCGCCUCCAGGCUCAGCCUCGGGCCCCAGAGACCUGAGCUGCUACCGGAUAUUUGAUGCCGAUUUUGAAUGCUCCUGGGAGUAUGACGGCCCUGCAGCCGGGGUCAGCCACUUCCUGAGGUGCUGCCUCAGGCCUGGGCGCUGCUGCUACUUCGCUGUAGGCUCAGCCACCAAGCUGCAGUUCUCCGACCAGGAUGGUAUAUCUGUGCUCCACACUGUCACACUCUGGGUGGAAUCUUGGGUCACCAACCGGACGGAGAAGUCGCCUGAGAUUACCCUGAAUCUCUACCACUCCGUUAAAUACGACCCUCCUCCAUCAGGAGACAUCAAGGUGUCAAUGUCAGCAGGGCAGCUGCUCAUGGAGUGGGAGACCCCAGCCCGCCAGUUUGGCGCUGAGCUGCAGUUCCGGCACCGGACACCUGGCAGCCCGUGGAAAUUGGGCGACUGCGAACAUCAGGAUGAUGCUGACUUCGAGUCAUGCCUCUGCCCCCUGGAGAUAGACACAGCCCAGGAAUUCCAGCUACGGAGACGGCAGCGGCCCAGGCCAGGCGCCCCAGCAAGUCCCUGGAGCAGCUGGAGCCGCCCUGUGUGUGUCCCCCCUGGAACCCCCCCACAGCCCGAGGUGAGGUUCUCGGUGGAGCCGCUUGCCUCAAAUGGGACGAGGCGAGUGACCCUGCAGGUGCAGCGGCCCCAGCUCCAGCUUCCAGAAGGCUGCCGUGGGCCCAAGUCUGGCGCAGAGGUGACCUACCACCUCCACCUGCACAUGCUGUCCUGCCCCUGUAAGGCCCAGGCCACAAAGACCAUGCGCUUCAGAAAAACGCUUCACCUCUCGGGUGCUGCCUACAACCUGACUGUCUUCUCCUGUAAUCGCUUCGGCCCAGGCCCCAACCAGUCAUUGCAUAUUCCUGCCGACACACACACAGAACCAAGAGCUCUGAAUAUCAGUGUCAGGACCAGUGGGACCACUAUGCGUUGGCCAGCCCAGGCCUCGGGUCUGACGUACUGCAUCGAGUGGCAGCCCCAGGGCCAGGACGGGAGUGCUGCCAACUGCACCCUGACUAUGCCCAAAGACCAGGACCCUACUGGACUGGUAACCCACCACUGGAGCCAAGCGUCUGGGGCAAUGCAGCAGACGACAUGUUACCACAUCAUCAUCUUCGCCUCUGCACGCCCAGAGAAGCCCAUCUCAUGGUCCACCCUCUUGUCUGCUUACCACUUUGGGGGCAAUGCCUCGGUGGCCGGGAUCCCACAGCACGUGUCGGUGAAUAAAGGUGGCCUGGACUUUGUCUCUGUGGACUGGAAGCCGUCCCCGCUGAGCACCUGCCCCGGCGUCCUGAAGGAGUAUGUCAUCCGCUGCCAAAAUAAAGACAGCAACCAGGUGUCUGAGCUGUCCGUGAACGCCACAGAGACCCAGGUCAUCCUUCGAGGUUGCUUACGGGCUGGUGCAAACUACAGCGUGCAGGUGCGAGCAGACACGGCAACACUGAAGGGUGCCUGGAGCCAGCCCCGACACUUCCAUAUGGAAAUCCAGGUUUUCCAGUUGUCCAUUUUGUCCAUUGUCCUCAUAUCUCUGGGGAGCUUCCUGAGCAUCCUCCUCCUGGGCGCCCUUGUGUACCUCAGCCUGAACAGGGCCUUUCAGCACAUGUGCCCACCCCUGCCCACACCCCGUGCCAGCACUGCUGUUGAGUUUCCUGGAAGCCAGGGGAAGCAGGCUUGGCAGUGGACCAGCCCAGCAGACUUCCUGGAGGAGGAGGAAGAGGAAGAAGCACUGGUGGUGACCAUGCCCUGGGACAAAGGCGAGGGACCUGACCUGGACACAUCCGGGCCUCUCAAGGACAAGAUGGAGCUGCCUCCGGGUGUCCCUGAGCCAGACCUAGACACAGAGCUGCCCUUGGAGGACAGGAGACAGGUGCAAGGAUACGGAUACCCUGAGGCAGGGGCUCUGGGGCCUAGGGAGCAGGACAGUCUGGAGGGCAGCCCUGCCCAGGCAGCUGGACUGCCACUGCUCCUAAAAGGCCUAAUGCAGAGCCCCAGGUCCAGUGGCCCUCAGGAUGUGGGCCUGGAGGCCUGAGGGAGAGAAGGGGACAUCGACUUCAUGUUAUGAACAGAAAGACUGAUGAUCGCAAUGAUGGCAGCUGGUGAUUACAUGGGUAUUGCAUACGUAGCCUGUUCCAUGCAGACACUCACAUGAAGUCUGAGGUACAUGGAUAUCCUAUUUUACAGAUGUGACCACCACCAAAGUGCAGAGAGGGUGAGUGGCUCGCCUGAAGCCACACAGCACAGGAGGGAGUUAAACUUCAGCCAAGCGACCCAGACCCCCAUGUCUGCCUCCCAGGCUCUGCCAUCAUUGCACCUCCCCCCCCACACACACCCACACACAUACUUUGUCCAGUACCUGUUGCAACACGUCCUGUGAAGGGAACCUUAGACACUGCCAUGAAACAAGCUGCUACACCAGGCUGGGCCUGACAGGUUGGGCAGGGACAGGCACCGUCAUUGGCCUGGUGGGGUGGAAUAGACUGAAGCGUGGCCCAAAUGAGGCUAAGCUGAUCCCGGGACCCUGAGCUGGGCGUUCUGUCCCAGCAGCACUGGAUGGGGAGUCUGGGAGCUCUCCCCGACACUGCAGGUUUCCAGGUUCAGAGGAUCUAGGACUCUAACAUUCCUAGGGACACGAUUGCCCCUUCCCAGCCCCAGUCUCCUCCCCUGUAAGAUGGGGGUGAUGAUAAUGUUGACUCCUCACAGAGCUGUUAGGGGGUCUAAGCCUUAAUAA